GUCCUUCUCGUCCUCUCUGCCUGACCUUACCGCCGGCGCCCAAAUCCUCUCCGAGCGCCGGCCUUCCCGUCUUCCCUCUCGGGGCCGAGGUGGUGGCGCUCGCAGCCGUCGCGCCUCCUUCCGCUUCGGCUGCACAGAGCCCCCCUCUUCAUCUAGCCGGCUGCAUCGUCUUCCCUCCCGGGGCCGAUGGUGACGCCGCUCGGUGAAGAGGUGGCGAUGGCAGGGCGUUUGUGGUGGUCAGGCCGCGGAUGGCAUGGUCAUGGAACGGCGACUGGGCAAAGGAGCGGCGACGCGCGGCACCAGGCGGUGGGAGUUCGCGGGGAGGAGGCGACCGCGUCAAGCUUGCCAGCAUCCUCAGUUCCUCACCACGCAAGAGUGGCCGUGCGCCCCUGAAGUGCGCCUCAGUUCCUCAUCGGCACAUCCCGGCGAGCGCCACCCCAGGAAGUUGCGUCACCGCCAUGCAUCCCCCGUGCCCCGAGUGAUGUUUCACCUGGUGUUUCUCCCCACGGCAGCGCAAAAGGGAACCAACGCGUCGUCUGCCAGUACGGGCGAGCGCGAGGAUGAUGCUGACGGACCUGCCGACCUGCACUUCUUUCUUCCGGCGUUGCUCUCAGUUUGGUCCCAGGCGGUGUGCUACCGUAGUACCGCCUCCUCGGCGAGCGUGCAGCGCCAAUUUCCAACUUGGAGCCGGCGGUGGACGAGCCCACGGCCUGCUGUAUUCCAGCGGCGAGCGAACAGCAAGCUGCUGCAGUGUUGCGCCCCUCCUUUCCCCACAAACUCUCAACUCCUCCUCUGUCCCUCGAGCGGCAAGCAGCAAGCUAGCAAUUCUCAGGCGGCAGCUCGGCAGUUGGUCGUCACUUCGUUGACAGCAGUAAUAACACUAAGGUUCGUGGGGAGGACGUGGAUUUGGAGGUCCCAGCUCCUGGCAGUGUGUGCAAGGAAUUCAUGACCAACAUAUCUAAUAUAGCAUGGUAAAUCAUUUAUCAUGAGAAAUUUCUUCUUAUUCCAGAACUGCUUAAAUUUUCCCAUACCUAUUUCCCAUUUGAUCUUUGUAGGAGAUAUUGGCACAAUGAGUUAUGUUUUUAGCAGUAUUGUUUAUAUUUUUCUUUUGCAAUAAAUGUUCUAGGAAUUCGACUGUAACAGUUUGGUCUCUUGAGCUCAUAAGAUCUGUUCUUAGCAACAGAGCUGGUUAUGAACAUACCUGUCUUUAAUUACCAAUUAAUGGUUGCAUAGUCUAACUGCUUUCUUUUCUAUGGUUCAUGCUUACAGUUUAGUAUCCACUGAUUCAUAAAUGCUUGAUCUGGCAUACAUCUCCUUUUGUAAAUCAUUCUCCCAGGUCCCAGCCCCUUGCUUUCUGUGGAUAUUUGGGCAAAUUCAGAAUUAUUAUUUUCUUUGCUUUCUUGCACUCAGGAAAAAACGACCACGCUCUACACAACUUCUGAGGAGAGCAAGGUUGUUUUAGCUUUUUCUCAUCUACAGUAUAUGUAAAGGUUGCUUAUUAUAUAUGUGGAAUCUCCUACAAUCUUGUUUUUUUUUGUUCGUUGCCUCAUUACUGCUGUAGCAAUUAGUUCUUACAAUUCCUUUUCUAAAUGAAAGUACUUACAAUUCUAAGUGAACUUGUGCCUUCUCCAUGUGGAAUUUCCUCUCAUAAGCUAAAAUGAACCCUGGAAAGCAUCUGCGGAUGUUUGUUAUUCACUGCCUCAAUAGCACUGUAACAGAAUUACUUGCAAUUUUUGGUGAACUUCUCUAUCUACUGUUUUCGGAUUUUUAUAUGUUCC